GGGGCCGCUCUGGCCCGCGCUCGCUGCUCUGGGAGGAGUGACGGCAGCGGCGGCUGUGAGGGAAGAUGGCGGAGGCGGCGGCGGCGGUGCAGCAGCACCGGUUCUUUUGCCACAGCUGCAAGGGCGAGGUCAGCCCCAAGCUGCCGGAAUACACCUGCCCUCGCUGUGAGUCCGGCUUCAUCGAGGAAGUCACUGAUGAUUCCAGUUUUUUUGACAGCAAUUCCCUGGAUGACAGCCCCUCCUCUCAGUUCUCAGAGCUCUGGGACCACCUGGACCACGCCAUGUUCUUCCCGGAUUGGCGGCCCCUGCUGAGCAGCGGCUCCCUGGACGCAGAGCCCCGGGACGGGCACCGGGGGGAGCUGUGGGGUCCCAGCCGCCCCCCCCGGCUGCCGAUGCCCCGCCGGUACCGGGCCCGGGGCAGCUCCCGGCCCGAGCGCUCGCCGGCCAUCGAGGGGAUAAUCCAGCAGAUCUUCGCCGGCUUUUUCGCCAACUCCGCCGUUCCUGGCUCACCACACCCCUUCUCCUGGAGCGGGAUGCUGCACUCCAGCCCCGGCGAUUACGCCUGGGGACAGAGCGGCCUCGACGCCAUCGUCACCCAGCUGCUGGGCCAGCUGGAGAACACGGGCCCGCCCCCGGCAGACAAGGAGAAGAUCUCGUCGCUGCCCACGGUGCCGGUGACGCAGGAACAAGUGGACACGGGGCUGGAGUGCCCGGUGUGCAAGGAGGAUUACACCCUGGCCGAGCACGUCCGGCAGCUCCCCUGCAACCACGUCUUCCACAGCAGCUGCAUCGUGCCCUGGCUCGAGCUGCACGACACGUGCCCGGUGUGCAGGAAGAGCCUCAAGGGCGAAGAUUCCAGCCGGCAAAUCCCCAACGCCGACGCCUCCGACAGCCCCGUGCAGGAGAGAUGGACAUUCUGACCCUCCUGGCCAAGGUUCUGCCGCCUUCCAGAAGGUUCCAGGGCCGUCCCAGCUCCAGGUGUGCGCUGAGAAUUCCACCAGACCCCCCCCCAUAGCAGGAAUUGGGGGGCCCCAUUCAGGAUCACAGCACCGAGCGCUCUUCUCCCAGGAAUUUCUCCUUCUGCUCCACGGAAUUGCCUCGUUAGCCCAAAAUUGGGAAGGUUUUUGGGAGUGUUUUGGUUUCAUUUUUUUUUUUUUUGUAUCAGAAAAGGUUUAAAUUUUGGUUUUUCCAGUAAGGGCCCGAUCCAAAGAGGGGUUGCAUCCCCUUGUAGGCUUUGCUGGAAAAAGGUUGGGAUAAAAAAAGGGGAUUUUGGGGAUUUUCCUGCACUCCAGGAGAUUGGAGUUGGAGCCACGAGAGAUUUUAUUGGCCCAGUUUGGGAUGGGAUCCUUGGGGGGCUGUGGAAUCAUGGCAGGGGAAGGAGGAAGGUUCUGGAAGCCCCCGUGGUCCCGGUGGGGUCAGGGAUGUUCUCAGCAGGGUUUUGGUCUCAUCCUGGACAAUUUUUGGGGUUUUUUUGGGACCCUUUUCCACAUUGCCCCAGGUGUGUCCAAAGCUCCCCGAGCCCCCCACGAGUCAUUCCAGGCAGGAAUUGUGGAAUUAUUAUGGAAUUAUGGACCAUUCCCUUGGCAAACCCCCCACCCUCCCCAUAACUUAAGGAAACUCUUGAUUUUUCCUCAUUGUUUUCAGAGUUUGGUUUGGUUUUUUGUUGGUUUUUUUUUCCAUUUCCUGGGAUUUUUCCAGGUGAAUCCUGGGAUUUUUCCUCGUGGUACCCACGGGCAGCCCUGGGGGGGCUUUGUGACCCCACCCUGGUGUUGGGGGGGAAAAGUUCCCAAAGCCCUCGGGCUCGGUGGCUCCGCGGCCACGUGGAUUCAAUCCCUGAUUUUCUUUGCUCUUCCGUCCAAUAAAGGCCUUUCUCAAAGAAUUCCCUU